AUGUCAGUUGAGGAAAAAAAGCACAAACUUGAAGAAUUAAAAGAUCAGAAUGUGGUACUUGGACUUGCAAUCCAAAGAUCACGACUUUCAGUAAAAAGAUUAAAAUUAGAGUACGGAGUUUUACUGGAGAGAUUGGAAUCUAGGAUAGAACUGGAUCCUGAAUUGAACUGCGAAGAUCCCUUGCCGACUCUGGCCUCAUUCAAGCAGGAACUAUUAACGAAACCAUUUCGAAAAUCGAAAACCAAAAGGCACAAAGUAAAGGAAAGAGACCCAAAUAUGCCCAAAAGACCUACAAAUGCUUACUUAUUGUAUUGUGAAAUGAACAAGGAGAGGAUCAGACAGAAUGGCUCUUUAGACGUAACAAGAGACCUGGCGGAAGGCUGGAAGAACCUUAAUGAACAAGAUAGGAAACCGUACUAUAAGCUUUAUAGUGAAGAUAGAGAAAGGUACCAAAUGGAAAUGGAAAUAUACAAUAAAAGAAUAAACAGUGCAGAUGCAGAUGAUGAUAAAGAAGAAAGUGAAGACAAGAUAAAAAACAAUGAAGAUAGGUCACCUACGAAAGUAGAUGACACAAAAGAAGGUGAAGACGGAGCUUUGAUUACCUCUAACUAA